AUGGGGCACGACCCAAUCACAGGUCUACCGGACGUAACAGAUGUCCAUAAGUUUUUUACAGAGAACUUUGACGAUGCCGACGUGCAGGAAUUGUUACAGAGCAGCGCCACUAAAAAAUUCGAGGAAAGGGACAAAAGUGCACCUAACCUGGAUACAUUCGAUUUUUCUGCACUUCCUAUGGAAAGAUUUAACUUUUGGUUGAUUACCAUGAACCCUGGUGGUUUGAGGAACGCAGCUGGGGAGUACGCCUACGACAACAACUCGGCUAAUGUCAAAGACCAUGGGCGACAGUCUUUUCAACUACACUGCUGGAUCAAGAUUGGACCUGAGAUGUCCUUGGACGUCUUUCGUUCAAUGGAAGAGUAUGUGGGCGCUCCACCGACCUCUAAAAAUGUAGAGAAAUUUAUUAAAUCAUCCAUGGCAUACCCUUUUCCAUUGUUCAGGCCGAGCCUUCCUCAGUGCCUCGUUCUAUCUACCAAUCUCUCCCCCCAUAGAGCGGCGCUCAGACCGUUCCUGGACUCAUUACCAGCCCCAUUUAUAUGGAGGAUCGUACCAGCAUCGAUAGAGAACAGACUGAAAGAGUCAGCGUUCGAAGAGGGAAAAGAAACCUUCAAAAUAUAUAUGAGUUGCGCUAAAGAGAAGAAGGAGGAAGGCAAUAAGGCAUAUGCAGCCAAUGAUUCUGUUGCUGCCAUCGCGUGCUAUAAGGACGCCAUAAUGUACCUGGACAAGGCAUUUUGCCGGUUUACGCCAGAGAAUGACACCACGAAGGAACAAGCGACGAAGCUUAUGGCUGUGUGCUACGCAAACUGUGCUGCAGCUAGACUUUUGCCUGUGGAUGGGAUUGUCAAACCCGAAAACGCUGAAAGAGCGAUUGAAGACGCUGAAGAAGCCAUUCAUUUGGACAAAUUUUAUCCCAAAGGAUAUAUGCGUCUGGCUCGGGCGUAUCAGGCUCUCGGGAAGCAUGUGGAAGCCGCAGAAUCUAUUGCCAAAUCGUUAGCUCGCUAUCCAGAGAUGGAGAACAAUAAAGGCCUCGCGCAAAUUUUUAAUUCUUUGAAAACUCAUGGCUAA